AUGAUUCUGCUUCUGCUACCAACCACGGUGUCACUUCUGAUGCUUGGAUCAUUGAAUGGGUCCGAGCAGGAUUUUGAUCGGGGCAAAAGUGCUCGCAUGUCGUUUUUGAAAAUAUCACUAAAUAAGGAGGCCAUUGGUGUUCAUUUUCUUUCAGAUGAUGAAAACUCAUCAACAUUUACAAGCGAAGAAAAUUCCAAAGCUGUUAGGUUGCCUCACAAUUCACCUAAUGGCAUAUCUGCUUUGUCGACUACCCCCGAAUUAAAUGAGGAUAUGUUAUUGCAAUUGCUUCAAAUGAAACAAGCUACCGAUAGUACAGAAGAACGUCUGUACCGAAGUUUGCUUUCUCCGAGUAUCUAUGAAAAGGAUGUGAGGCCCACUACACAUCAUUCGAAACCAACCAACGUUACUUUUGGUUUCCUUCUUAACCAGAUAGUUGAAAUGGAUGAGAGGAAUCAGGUACUCACCACAAGAAGUUGGCUUAACAUCAACUGGAUAGAUCAGCGUUUAAUUUGGAAUCACACACAGUGGGAAGGUAUCAAGACGAUCUAUGUGCCGCACUAUCGCCUGUGGAAGCCUGACAUCAUCCUCGUUAACAAGUGA